GCUUCCAGCGCGGCGCCCAGCAGUCCAGGCCCGGACUCUAAUAAAUAUCUGUAAAACUUGCUCCAAAAUGUCGAAGGCGAGGCGGAAUGGAGGCUGGAUGAAGAGCCGGACCGAGGCACAAUCGGUCUGCAGAGAUGUUGAGCGGCCUCUGUGAUUCAGCUGCUGUGAUCGUGGUGUUCAAGGCUGCUGAAUACUAAAACAGACUGGGCCAACACAACAGCUCUACUCAGGAAACAACAAUCCAGCCAGAGCUUCCAAAGCUCCUCAUCACCGCAGCCCUUUUGGGGUUGCUAUGGCAGCUGCUGUCACAGAAACCAAGUGCUGGACACAGGCUUUCCUCAGCAGGGCAGGACAGACCACUAGUCAUUGCCGCAAAAAAACAUCAAACAGUCAACAAACAGCACUUAGCAUUAACUCUAGCACUCCAAGUUAACAAAGCAACCAGAGGUCUGCAGGCUGAUGGUCAGCUGUGUGGCGAAUCCUCAUGAGUCUUGUCUGUGUCUGUUCAGGCUCAUGGCAAGAGUCCCUGUGCAGCAGCAGAGCCAGUACUGUUCCUAGACCAUGUUCCACCAGCAGGACAAUCUGAAGAGCCAUCUGCAGGAAAGCCACCCAGCCAGCAGGCAGCUCUUUCACUGCCAGGAGUGUGGGAAGCAGUACAACACUCAGCUGGGUUAUCGACGCCACCUGGUGGCAGCCCACAGUGCUGCAACAGGCCUGCCCUGUCCGGAGGGGGCACCGUCCCUCCUCGAGCACCUAGGCGGCCAUACAGACAGGCCUCCACCCUCAGAGGGUAACACUAAUGCUGCUGUGCCAGUGAGAGAGAGGAAGUACUCGUGUGAGCGAUGUGACCGUCGGUUUUAUACUCGUAAAGAUGUACGACGUCAUGCUGUGGUGCACACUGGGCGCCGUGAUUUCCUCUGCCCACGCUGUGAACAACGCUUUGGCCGCAGAGACCACCUGACCCGCCACUUGAAGAAAAGCCAUGCCCAGGACUCAGGGUUGAUGCCAUCAUGUACUCCGAGUACUCCUGUGGCUACACCCACUGCUGCCACCCAGUGCCCAUUGAAGGAGCCCAGCCCUGUGACCUCUGAGAUGGGCUCCAUCUCCAAGGAGCCCAUGGAGACUUUCCCCAGGGACAUGUACAACUCUUAUCCUAUGACCAAUGCUCUCCCCGGGAUGGGCCACCCUCAUAGCCUCAUGCAGGGUUCCUUAUCCUCAAGCAUGGGUGUGGGGCGCCACAUUCCCCCCCAGUCUUCACACUCCCACCUCCAUCACCUGCAGCCCCCUGCAGCUCCACAGCAGCAGCCCUACAGCAACAUGGCCAGGUACCAGCUUGGAUCUACCUCAUAUCCUCGUGCCGACGUGGACAGUUUCCUGCUGGACCUGCAGAGUGUCCCACCACCACACCUGAGUGCAGUCAACUCCUCUACCUCUACUUCUGCCUCACCCCAGAGGGAGGUGCUGGGUGAAGGGGUGGCUUCUGGUGGCGACCCACACCUGCUGUGCCGGAGCCCUGCUGUGUCUUCAGCCGAGUUGUCCUGUACCACCAACAUGGACCUCGGGCCUCUGCUGGGGUUUUUGCCUUUCAGCCUGCCGCCCUACAGCCCUCACAUGGGGAUGGGAGGGUUAGUGAUGAGCUAUCCACCUGCCACCACAACCACUUCCUCUCCAUCCUCUUCCACUGGGCUGUCCUCACAGGCCCCAGGGCCUUUCUCCUUCUUCCAGCCUCCCCAGGCUCAUGUACCCCAGGGCCCUGGAGCCCACAACCACAGCCAACUACCUCAGGCAUACAGUAGUCCUACUAUGAGCACUUCAAGCUCCCUACCUCACUACUACCAGGCCUUUCAGCAGUAAGCAGCUCUGUCCCCACAAACGUUGCCUUUGUCAUGCUCAUGGACUUUUCAUGAAAAGGGUAAAACAUGAGAUCAGCAUCUUUAUUGUAAAACACAUGUGAAACUUUCAUCUGUCAGUGCUUAUGAUGCUAAUCUUUGUAGUUUUUUUUUGUUGAACACAACAAAUCACCUCGUCAGUAUUACCUCAUUAUUUAAAAGGAAGCUUGAACGUUUGAAGAAAUGUGAUGGUCUCACUACAACCAAAACGGAGAACCUCUCUUGGUCAGACCUAUUACCAACAGUGGAGCACUUGAAACGCUUGUUACAGGUGCUGCACAGUGCUAAAUUGUUCAGUUUUAGAUUAUCAAAAAAAUAGGUGAUGCUAAGAAAUAUUUUAACCAAUUUAUGUUUAAGAAAAUGUCCUACCUUUAUUGAAGCUGAUUUGAGAUUUUCCAAUAUUGUCGAUUGCGGUAUAGAUAGCCUUAGGUGGAGAGACAAAUUUGUGUUAGAAGUUCUCAUUUAAAGUAAAUUCCGGAGCACUGUUUGCAUAUGAUUAUAAGAUAUGCAAAAACCACUUCCCAGCCAAUAAUUACAGAAUUACACCAACCAUCAAAGUGCAUCAGCAGAUCAACCAUUAUUUCAAGUGGCAUAAAUUUAAUAUUUAAAUUAGUAUGAGGCCAUGUAUCAGUGAAUGCAGUCACUAUGGUGGCAGUUAUCAGUAACUGUAAAUCAGUUACUCUAUAUUUAAAAAAUCUAACAGAGCGGCUCUUACAGCUGGAAUUUCACAUCUGAAGCCCUGAGGGGCGUUAUUAGAUGGAGUUAUCUGAGGUGAGGCCUGUCAUGAUAACAAAUUUUGUUGGAUGAUAUAUUGUCUCAGAAAUUAUUGCAAUAAUUGAUAUUAUUGUCAUAAUUUUGAGACCCUUUUAUACCACUGAUAUAAUGAUAAUAUAAUUGCAUAAUAAUGCAAGUACACCCUUUCAAUGAGAAUUAAAGAUAUUAAAAUACCCAUAAUAAAUAAAAUGGAUAAAACAAAAUAAUUAAAAUGAGCUCUGUUAACAAAAAUUGCUCUUGAAUAAACAUUAGGCACAGGAUAUGUGUUACCAGCUUGGUUAACUGGAUGGGAGGGAUAUGAUUUAGAUGAGCUUUUCUAUUGUUUAAGGUUAGUAUUCUAGCGUUUCCUCUAGAAUUGUGUGUUUGUCUCCUUGUCUCUGUUGCUCUUCACACACAAACUGAUAGUCACAUUUAUUUAGUUAUUAAUUGAUGGUUUUGGAUCAGGAAUCCGGAUCGUUGUGGCUGUGUGCGUAUCGUGUUGUGUGUCGCAGGUCAAAUGAGUGCGCACUAAAUCUUGGGACUUUUGUUGAAAGUGUUUAAAUGCAUGCCUUAUGAAUUCUCGUGCGAAUCAAACAAAUGGAAAUUUCAAUUGUACGUUUCCUAAUAACUUUUAAAUUUGUGUUGAUGUUUAUUGUGAGCAAGUCUAAGUGAGCGCAGGCUAGCAGGGGAGUGGGUUCCAACAACCCAAAAGCUCUAAUCCUGAAGCAGUGGCGGUAAUAAUGAACGUAGUGGAAACCCUGUAUUCCCAUUUGUUGCCACUGUUUCUAAACAAACCCAAAAUGUUUUAUCUUGGACUCGUGUCUGGUUCGCUGUACGUUUCGCUCUGUGUGAGUGAGUGGGGGUGGGGCCAGCGCGCAGCAUCCGUGUCUGUCACGGGAGAGGAGACAUUCUUAUGUAUACAAACACGCAUGUAAAGACAAUGGGCAAUUUAUCAAGGUCAGCAAAACUAUUGACUACAUGUUAAUAUAUUGUAUUAUACGAUGAUAUAGUAAUUAUCGUGACAGGCCUAUCUGAGGUCACAGCAGCAUAAUAACAAAAACUCUAAUGUGACAUAGAUACUUUAUUAUUUUUGCUAUAUUAUGUAGCAUCACUAUAUUGAAAUGCACUUACCUUUCAUUUUCAACAGUGCACAUUAUAGGUCAAAGCUGUCACUUAAGACCGAAAGCUGCUGUCUAGAUUUUUUUUAAUACCUUUUCAAGUUCUGACUUUUUUAGACAGAGCAUGUGACACAAUAGGUACCAUUCAGGUAGACGUGUUAUGUAGAGUUAAUGCUCCUGAACCCCAUACACUGUAUUAACUGACUUAGAAUAGUGCUGGUUUUGAGACUUUGACAGACUUCAACUGGAAACCAGUGGGUGAACCUGUUUGAAAUUCCUGCCAGCUUUGUAAUUGCUGUGGCUUACAUCCUCAUCUAUUUCUUUCCUCCUGUGAUGCCCUCUGCCUCUCUUGUGCCUCUCUGCCCGUGUGGGGCCUCAGAGAGAUGCAGUAGCUGUAAAGAUCCUUAAACAUCCGACCGCUCUAAACAUGUUGAGUUAUUGACACACUGUGCCAACUAUGUCACUGGUCUCAGGGUUGCUGCCUUUCCCUUUUUAAUAGAUAAAUCACCAUUUUCCUACAUAUGUCAUCUCACACAACCCACACUCAGGUGCUCAUUCAAUGUUAUAUGUUAAAAUUACUAUCGUUCUUGGCAGUAGGCAUUAGUAGAAACUUUGUAGGGUGAGGAAAAAGUAUGUCAAGCUAGUGUAAAGUAGCAAAAGAAUUGUAUUGAUCACCUUAGUGACUGAGUAUCCAUGUUCCAGACCUGAGACACUAAGAAGAUACAUGUAAACAUCUCUACACUUUUCUGCAGCGAAAGGUGUAACCAUAGGUUGCAGAGGAGCUUAUGUGCAAAGUCAUAAAACUCAGCAACACGUGCAGAUGUGUCUGACUGGUUGAUUGACUUCCUGUCAGGAUGCAGGCUAGAAGGCAAAUGAAGAUCGAAAUGUACUAGAGACAAGUAUUAAAGGAACACACAAGCAUUUGCCAUGCAUGUUUUAUCACAUGCAACCUGGGAAUAAGUAAUUACGGCUUCAGUACGAUCAUCUCUUGAGCUUAAGUAGAAAAAUAUUUGAGUCUUUACAGCAGAUUGAGUUUGUCAGAAAAUCACCUGUGUAUCCAAGAAGCUACAGCUGUGAGCCUGCUGGAUCUCUUGACCCAUGUGUUACUGGGUUUUGGUACCCCUUGUGUAUGUCUGCGUACUUCCAUUGUUGGGCUUUGCUAGGACCAAUGAGUUAUUUUUGGAGUAAGAACAUUUUGUCUGGUCCCCACAACUUGAAAUGGCUGUUUGAUGGUUAAGAGUUGGUUACAGGUUUUGGUUAUAAUCAGUUUUAGGUUAGGUUAGAGGGAUAGUUCACCCAGAAAUGAAAAUUCACUCAUCUACUCAGCCCUAUGCCGAUGGUGGGUGAAGUGUUUGAGUCCACAAAACACUUUUGGAGUUUCAGGGGUAAGCAGUGCAGCUGAUUAGUCACCUAUCUUCAGAUGUAAUAAAACAACUGAAAAACCAUAACAUGCCUCCAUACUGCUCGUGUGGUGUCCAAGUGUCUGCAAGCCCCAACAUUCAUAUUCAACCUCGAAAUGAGGUCAUUAACAUUGUG